UUGAGUAAACACAACUAUGACAGUAUGAGGUGUCUCUUUACCUUAUGUGACCACAACUAUGACAGUAUGGAGUGUCUCUUUACCUUAUGUGAACACAACUACCGCAGUAUGGAGUGUCUCUUUACCUUAUGUGAUCACAAUUACCGCAGUAUAGAAUGUUUCUUUACCUUAUGUGAACACAACUACCGCCGUAUGGAGUGUCUCUUUACCUUAUGUGAACACAACUAUGGCAGUAUGGAGUGUCUCUUUACCUUAUGUGAACACAACUACCGCAGUAUGGAUUGUCUCUUUACCUUAUGUGACAGUAUGGUUAAGCUUUUGAAAAUAUAUCUGAAGUUAGAAUUCAAAGAUAAUGCUGAAUUUAUUUACAGAAAUUGAACUCAUAGACGAAGGUGUCAUCAUUCUAUAUGUGUGUCAUUUAUGGCUAACACUCUAUCGACUCCAUUUUAGGUUUUUUUUACUAUUGUCUUCUUUCUCAUGUUUGCUGAAACACGUUUAUUAUAUGAUCACAAUUGUACAUAUAGGACACUCAAUCCAAACGUCUUGUUGCAAGCGACCAUUAGGUGGGUGGACCAUAUCGAAUACUGAAUAAACCCUAAAGAAUUUUCUCUUUUUUCUUAGUAAAAAUAUAUCAUGCAUGAAGAAGUCAAUAUUCUGGAGAAUUUAAAGAUAUCUUCUCGCUUUCAUCAUAGCUUGUGGACAGAUGGCACCUGUCGACGCGAUCAAAAACGGAACAAGGCAGUUGAAGACAACUUAGAGAGGCCAUUCCACUGAUUUAGCUUUGAUCGUGCAUCAAGGAAAGUUCCUCAAAACAAAGAGAAAAGAGUUUCCUGUUUUUGUGAACCUUAAAACCUCAGUGUACGUGGUUCCAUUAACAAUCUACACUUAAAGUGCUCACUGCUGUUUUUUAAAAAACACCUGUCAUUGGAUCUUUGGCGUUAAUUUUGUCCAUAUUCCUCCGUUAUGAAUUACGCUGUGAACUCCGCGACCGCUGUUGCAUUUUCCUGCAGGCGCUCGUCGACCAGCGUGACCAUGAAGAAUCUUAUGAGUCCAGCAUUGCCUUCCACCGAAAGACGUAUUACGAUCAAUGUUGGUGGUGAACGAUUUCAAACAUACGAAAACACUUUAGGCCGUUACCCAGAUUCCUUACUCGGUUCGCCCCAACGCAGGAAACAUUUUUAUGAUGCACGAAAAGACGAAUUGAAAUUUCCAAAACGGAACAAGAAUGUGUUCAACGCCAUAUUGUUUUUCUACCAAGCUAAAAUACUCUCGCGUCCCGAAGAUAUCCCACUGGAUGUUUUUCUAGAGGAAAUCAAUUUUUUUGACAUUGCAAUGUACAGCCAUGAGAACUCUUCCGUCGCUCAUUCCGAAAAUAAGACCGUCACAAUUGAUAAUUCAGUGAGAAAUUGUAUUUGGAACUUUCUCGAAUAUCCCCAGACAAGGUUUGCCAACAUGUUUGCAAAGUUCAACCUCUUUCUUGUAUUUGUUUGGCUGCUCAUCUUAUGCCUGGAAACGAAAGUUGCUUCAAAUUCCGAGGGAUUCAUGGGAUGGAAAAAUGUCACGUGGUUCGUGUUAGAUACUGUAUUUGUGAUAUGGUUCACUCUGGACUACGUCAUUCACAUCAUUUGUGAACCAAAGUUAACCUCGUACAUCGCAUCAUUAAUGGGAUUUAUUGACAUUAUCACAAUAUUGCCUUAUUAUAUCCAAGUUCUUGAACAAGUUUUUGGUGGCAAGUCGCUGGCCCCACAACUUGACAUAAUAAGAUUUUUGCGUGUUUUUAGGCUAUUUAAAGCAAAUCGAUAUAGUACUUCCUUUCGAAUCCUUUUGGGUUCGCUCCUAUCAAGUGCAGCAGACUUUCCUGUAUGGUUCGUUCUUAUGUUUAUGCAUAUCGUAUUUUUUUCCAGUAUCUUAUACUACGUCGAAAGUGACGUGGAUAAUCCUCAAUUUUCAAACAUUCCCGAAGUUAUGUAUUUCACUGUAAUUACAAUGUGCGCCGUGGGCUACGGUGAUGCAGUGCCGAAAAGCGCCCUGGGUAAAUUUAUGACGACAAUAGCUGCAGUGACGGGUAUUGUGAUCGUAUAUUGCAUCCCUGCACCCACACUCAAGACAAAUUUUAAUCGUUUAAACAAAAUGUACGCGACUCAGAAGAACGAAAAUCAGAGCAACACUUAAGAGACGGUUAUUUUGACCAGAAGAUCUUUCUUGAUUUUCCAUGGUUUUAACUUAAACUUUUCCCCAUUUUCUUAAUAUCAAGAUAGUUAUUAUUUUAGACAUUAAUGAAUAAUGGACCACUUGCACAUACAAGUACAAAAUCAGUUUAAUUUGAAAUAGGCUUUAGGAUUGAUGUAGCACUUUAGCAGGACAAAGUUUGUUCGAAUUGGACGAUCGUUCAGUCAAAAGAUGUUAUUGAUGAAGCUAAUGUAUCUUAACAAUUGAUAUUUUAUAGAGGUGUGUUGUUGCAAUGGGA